CCAAGCCCAUCUCUUCUCCACUAUAAAAUCAUCCUCUCUUCGUCGUCUUCUAGGGUUUGGUGUCCUCUCUCCCUUCGCCGCUCUCUCUACCUCCACAGCUUCAGGCGGCGACCAGCAAGGAGCAACAAUGGUGGCGUCGAAGAAGACGAAGAAGACGCAUGAGAGCAUCAACAACAGGCUCGCUCUCGUCAUGAAGAGCGGGAAGUACACCCUGGGAUACAAGACGGUCCUCAAGACCUUGAGGAACUCCAAAGGUAAGCUGGUCAUCAUUGCGAACAACUGCCCUCCUCUUCGCAAGUCCGAGAUAGAGUACUACGCGAUGUUGGCGAAGGUUGGAGUUCACCACUACAACGGGAAUAAUGUAGACUUGGGCACAGCUUGUGGAAAGUAUUUCCGGGUUUGCUGCCUUAGCAUCAUUGACCCAGGUGAUUCGGAUAUCAUUAAGAGCAUGCCCGGUGACUCUUAGGCAGUCGAUGUUCUGAUGCCAUGAGAUUUUGGUUUACCGUCCGUAGAUUUAUGGGUUUGGACCGGGAGGGCGCCUCAUGAAAAAGGCGCACUCUGCUGUUGACAGGAAAAAUAUUAAUUAUCAAGUGACUAAGAUGCAGCUACUGUAACCCAUUUUAGUUGUUCUAUUUGGCAUUGUCUCAGAAUUCUUUUUUCCAAUACUAUAAAGAGUUGAACUUUGUGAUUGA